GGCGGUCAUACUCCUAUUGUUUGCGCAGAAGGGAUUGUUUGUGUUUUGUGUUGAGUGCUUGACGGAACAGUUGAUUAAUGGCGGGGGCGAUAUUAGAAAAUCUAAGUGGGAGAAAGCUGACCAUACUGAUAUGUUUUUUAAUGUUAUGUCAGGUUAUUUGUUUUCUGAUUGGCGGACUUGUUGCACCGACGCCGUCUACCGCAGACCACAUUUUGGCCACAAAAUGUUGGGAUCCUGAUCCCAAAAAUAACACCGAGAAGUGGUUCUACGCUCGAGGUCGCGGUAAAUGUCAAACAAUUGAUAUACACGAUCACACUGAGCCAAAUAUGCAAGCAAAUAAUAUUGUCUUCGUUUUUCAAAUUCCACUACCAAGAGACAGUUUAAUGCAUGAUUACUCGCGGUGGCAACAAAAUCUUAUUGGAAUCCUACAGAUUGAUAUAGUGUACCAAAAAGGAGUCGAUGAAAUGGAGCCGCGCGUUCCGUUGACGCUAAAUGCAAGGCUGGCUUAUCGAAAUAAAGGUGAUGCCGAUGACGACUGGAAAAGUUAUGCCGCUUCAGUUGAAGAAAGGAUCCUUGAGUGUUCAUCUGAUAGAAAACCUGGUUACAACUAUAACUGUUCAUUAGUUCCGUUGUUUGAGUUAGGUUCUCUUCAUCAUGAUUUCUAUUUAUUAAAUAUUCGCCUGCCAGUGGAUGCCAAUAAAACCAUUAACAAAGGUCUGGGACAUGUAGAAGACUUGUGGCUAGUUACCAUUAAUCAGAAUGGAGGUUUUACAAAAGUUUGGGUGUCUCUUAAAAGCGUAUUCUUCCCAAUAAUUAUUGGUAUAAUGGUAUGGUUCUGGAAAAGAGUGCAUCAGUUGUCUCGCUCCCCAGCACUUUUGGAGUACAUGCUGUUUUCUUUAGGAAUUGCACUAACUGUGUUGAAUGCACCACUUGAAUAUUUAACACUCUCAUUUGACAUGCCUUUCAUGUUGCUCCUUUGUGACAUACGGCAAGGCAUAUUUUACGCAACACUGCUGUCCUUCUGGUUGAUAUUUGCUGGAGAGCAUCUGAUGAUUCAAGAUACUGCGGAAAAAAAUACGCUGCGCACCUACUGGAAACAUCUGAGUGCUGUAGCUACUGGUUGCAUUUCUCUUUUGGUGUUUGAUAUAUGUGAACGUGGAGUGCAACUAAGAAAUCCAUUCUACUCCAUUUGGGAUACAGAACUGGGAACAAAUUUGGCCCUAUCUUUCAUUAUAUUGGCUGGUAUAUCAGCAGGAGUAUAUUUUCUAUUUCUAACUUACAGAAUUUGGGCAGUGUUUUGCAACAUAAGUGCUAAAAGAUCAGCACUGCCUUCAUUGUCUUGUGCACGCCGUUUACAUUACCAGGGAGUAAUAUAUCGAUUCAAGUUCCUCAUGUUAGCUACAUUGCUUUGUGCAUUAAUGACUGUUGUGGGCUUCAUUCUGGGACAAGUAUCUGAGGGUCGGUGGAAGUGGAAUGAUCAAAUAGAGAUUGAAUUCACAUCAGCUUUUUUCACGGGUGUCUAUAGCAUGUGGAAUAUUUACAUAUUUGCACUUAUUGUUUUAUAUGCCCCCUCUCACAAACAAUGGCCAUCAGAAGCAGAUAUACGCAGCAAUUGUAAUGAGGAGAUUGAAUUCAGCCGAUUAGCUACUGAUCCCAGUGAAAUCUCAUCUUUAACGUCAUUUGCGAGGAAAUCUGCACUUGAUUAAUGGCAGUCCAUUGGUUGGUUGCAAGGUCUGUUGCCAUUGUCUUCAAUACCAGAAUCUGAUAUUGAACACACUUUGAUUUAUGGUAAUAUGUGUACUUACAGGUGGUGUAAUGUAGGCAUUUGUUCAAAAUGCAGAUGAAAGAUGUGGCAUGAAAUAGUGAAUUAGCAUUGAGCAUGAUUUUGUGUAAUAUUUCCAGUCAUAAUUAUAAUCAUAUAGUAUUACCUGUAGCUUAAAAAGAGUUGUUGAUAUGUCAAUGGGGACAUUCUCUGUAUGCACUAAUCUGAGUUGUGACAGUACUGACACUAUGUUAUGUUUAUAUCAUAGAAAAAUUUCUGUCAAAUUCUUAAGCACUUUAUUGUAAUCUCAAAUACAGAUCUGCUGUAUUUUAGUGGCUGUCAUUAUGUUUUUGAAGUAAUUGGCUUUUGUUACAUUACUGACACUUCAUUAUUUUUAUAUUUUAAAAACGUUGCUACCAAAUAAACAAGGGCUUAAUUGCAUUCUCAGAAAUCUACAUUUAACAUACUGUAGAGCGAACUUAGUAAGUAUAUCGAUGAAGUGUGUUUAUUGUUGUAUUUAUGUAUGUCUUUCAACAAACGCACAUUUAACUAGAGAAUCUCUUAUGGUCUGGCAGAUGUGCAUCAUAGAGAUUUUAUUUUAUAAUUAUUUCAUUUCAUAUAUAUUCAUGGGCAUCCGCAGAAAUUUGUCAGGGGGAGGGGGGUGGCAAGACUCUAAAAUUACCAUUUUAUUUUAAUGAUUCUGUCGGUUUAAAAAUGGGUUGUGCCACAAGAAAUAAAUUUUGUAGGUGACAAAAAAAAAAAAAUAUUGGUGUUCGCUCAGUACUUGCUGUAGGUAGAUCACUUAUAGAAGUGUGUGAGGAUUCUGUGAUGACUAAAAACUCUGUAAUCCAGAUUCCAGGGGAAAGGGGUAAGUGCACUAUCUUCCUUUACGCCCCCUCUCCCUGUUUGCAGCCGGCUGUGUUCAUAUUCUGCAUUCAAAAUUUGAAUUUAUCUGUUAGAAGGAAUGUGUAUGGGCAUUAACUGAGCACAAUAUUAUUGCACUAGGCCUCUUCCAUGGCACCCUCUUUCUGCAGGUGCAGUAAAAUUGUGGUUGACUGAUACAUGCUGUUUUGCUUAUAAGAAUCAUUUAAUUUUCUUAUUAAAUUAGUGACCUGAUAGGUUUUCAUUCAAUAAGAGACCUUUCUUCCUUAAUAAUAAUGUCUUUUCUGAUGAUCUACAUUUCAAGUGGAUUACUUUUGUGUGGUCAAUCAUACAC